ACGAUGCUAGGUCACGUCACCGUCCGCAGCUUCCGCCGGGAAACUUGGGACUGUGAAGGACGGUCUGCCUCUCCGCCAUGCCCCACUCGCAUUUCGGCGAUCGACUGAGAGCCUCCGUUUCAAAAUCCGCACACAUUUCCUGUGUCCAUCUCUCGCGUCUCCAGUCCAGUGUUGCUGAAUAAGAGAAAGGAGGAGGAAGCAAAAAGAACUCUCAAAAAAACAGAGAGAAGAGACAGAGACCGACGAAACCGCGAGGGAUCCACCGGCGAAGACGGCGCUGAAGGUGGAGGUCCGGACGGCCAACUGUUACGGGGAAGGAGGCUUACAAAGGCGCGAAAUCAUGGGAGAAAACGGGGCAGAGGGCGUCGAUCGAAGAGGCUAGGGUUUGCGGGGGGAAGAUAGAGGAGCCGGCGGAGGGAAUAGAGGUUAGGGAUACCGCCGCUGGCGACGCUGCCAAAGGAGUCUGGAGCUCGUGGAGAGGGAGUUGUGCAGCUGUAUACCUCUGAUCAGCCGGGAUGGUGGAGCACGAGCAACUCUUUGAAGUCGGCCAGGAGGCUGAGGUGAGAACUUUCAUGGCCGGUUAUCGAGGUGCUUGGUUCCGUUGCAAGCAGAUAAGGGGGAUUAGAAAGAGAAGGGGGGAACAACAGUUGCAUAUGGAAUACUUUGAUUUUCCAGAUGAAAAAAUAACCUGGACUAACGUAUAUGAAAAGUCACCCCACUCCCCUGUAGAUGCUAAGCUAAAGAGGAAGAAACAAUUGAUGGUGCGCCCUCGCUUUCCUUCCGUCUAUCAUAGAAGUGAGAUGCCCAAUGGCAGAUCUAUCUCAGAUGUGGCAGUCAUCGUUGAUGAUGACUGGAAGGUGGGAGAUAUGGUGGAUUGGUGGAGUGAUGACUGUUAUUGGUCUGGAAGAGUAACAGAAGUGUUGGCGGACAAAAAGUUCCAGAUUGAGUUACAUGCUCCUCCAGCGGGUGAAGGAGAAUCUUAUGAAGCUUUCUCCAAAGACCUAAGGCCAUCUUUGGAUUGGUCCAUCGAAAAUGGUUGGAUGGUAUGUUCACUACAUUUUUCGCAGUGGAUCAAGCCUCCCAAUGAAGGUAGGUUGUUACUUCCUGCUGAUAUGGCCAGCCCACAAGAAGUACCUUUGGAUAUAAAUGCCUUUGAGAAAUCACCUCCAGAGACACACACAAAUUCUGAGAAAUCACCACGGGAGAAGUAUGAGAAUUCUGCAGUGGCCAGCAGUGGCCUUGGAAAGGCCAAUAGCUGUGAUGGUGUUUCUAGUUACAAUGUAAGGGUUGCAUCAGCAGAAAUGGAAGCGAGUUUUAGUAAGGAGAACAAUGAUUAUGAUCUACACUGUCGAAAGAAGCUGAAAAGUGAUGAUCACACACUGUUUAAUUCAAUGUUCUCUGAUACAUUGGAAGAUGCGAUUAUAGACCUUGAGGAACUUGCAAACCGGGUGAGAUGGCUCAAAGAUAUUUUAGAGCUCAGAGGGCAUCCAUCAAAGAACGUAAAAUCUUCGUGGAAGUUCUUAGAGCUUCGUGCAUCGGCCACUUCAAAAUAAGCACAUCAUUGAAGGAUGACGUGGAUAAUUUCAAGAUGGGGAGAGUCCACUUUGCUGAAUUACUGGAUCCCAAAAAUUUUUGAGUAAUUUUUUGGUUGACAGGUGAUGCCCAAACUUAUAAAGAGCACGGCGCUUUUUGAAGAUGCAGCUUGUGAGCC